AUGGCACCCAACGUCGCCAUCAUCCAAGGCACCGGUAGUGGUAUCGGUGCCCAGGUCGCCAAGCAGUACCUCUCGCGCACCGGCCUUCAAGUGGUAGCGCUCUCUCGCGAUGCCUCUCGAGCCAAGAACGCCAUCCUCUCCGGCGAUUUGAAGCUAGACGAAUCCCGUUUGCACACGAUCUCGCUCGACAUCAAGUCCGAAGAGUCCUACCAUGCCGCUGCUAAAGAAAUCACUUCUCGAUUCGGCGAUUCUUGCCUCAAAACGCUCUGGAACAUCAACGGUAUCCUCCACGCUGAAAAGAACCUUUCGCAGAUCUCGCUCGAUCACCUGCAAGAGACUUUUGCCGUCAACACCUUCUCCCACCUUUUGGGAUUCAAGCAUUUCGUCCCGCUGAUUCCUCGUGGCUCGGAAGCCAAAAAGAUCCAAGAGGGCAGUGCGGAGAACCUCGCUGAAGGCGUGCUUCCAGGAGACCUCAGCGUGGUUGCCAGUCUGAGCGCCAAAGUCGGAAGCAUCGCCGACAACCAAAAGGGCGGAUGGUACAGCUACAGGUCAUCCAAGGCGGCGGUGAAUCAGCUCAUCAAGACGUUGAGCAAGGAGUUGGAGUUGCGCUCUGUGCCAGCUAUUGCGGUUGGUCUCCACCCGGGUACCGUGAGGAGCAAUUUGAGCAAGGAUUUCACGGGCGGAGAGGGAAGCGACCAGCCGCUAGACAAGAGUAAGGGCCAAUUUGAGGCGAGCGAGGCGGCCAAGAAUCUGGUCGACGUGGUCAGUGGGUUGAAGAAAGGUGACAACGGCACAUUCAGGGAUUACAAGAAUGAAACGCUGCCGUGGUAG